AUGGCAGAAAAGGCAACGCUAGAAAAGACAGUGCGGUUCAAGUUGACGUCCAACCCCAGCGCGGGAACCAGCGCAGGUGGCGGAGGCGGCGACGGCGCAGCAGCACCGGCCUCCGCACCGCGACGGGAGCCCCCUUCUUCGCCGCCGCGUUCACCGUCGCCGCCCGAACCGUUCACGUACAACUUCGGCGAUGGCGGAGGCGGCGACGGCGCAGCAGCAGCACCGCCCCCCGCGCCGCAACCGAAGCCCUCUUCUUCGUUGCCGCGUUCACCGCCGCCACCCAAACCGUUCACGUACAACCCCAGCGCGCUAAGCAGCGGAGGUGGCGCCGGCGGCGGUGGGGCGGCACCGAAACUCUCUUAUUCGGAUUCUAAGGACUCCGAUGAUGAAAAGCCGGACGAAUUUAAAACAGAAAAUGGAUGGGGUUCUCUGUUCAUGAGUGAUCCUGAAGUUCUUUCUAAGUACUCGAGUGAUCCACAAAAUCUCCCUCAUUAUAUUGGCCGGCAAGAUUGUGAGCCGCUCAGCACACAGGAGUUUUUUUCACUGCGCCACAAUUGGCAGCAGCUGCUAGAUGGCAAGAAGACAUACCUCCGUCAUGCUGCCGAGUCCAAUUAUGCCGACUGCGUCUUUGUAACCCCAGAUUCUCUUGAUGAGGCACUAGGAUGUCAGGAGCCACUAUCACAUUUGGUUCAUGGAGGUGCAGGAAAACCUAUCAGGCAGCAAAAGUUCAAGAUACUUUGUGAACAUUAUGUGUGCUUCAGACCAAUGCGAAGGGAUGGGUCGCAGUUUUACAGAGCUUUCCUUUUCUCUUACUUGGAAAACCUUGGGAAAAUGCAAAGUAGUCAAGCUGAGGUCACUCGUUUAAUGGAAUGCGUGGCAAGGUCCAGAGUGAAUUUCCGUCGUUUAAACUGGAAUAAUGCAUACUUCUCAAAUCCAGAAGCAUUUUUCUCAAGUGUUGUUUCAGAGUUUGAGCACUUGGUCAAUUCAGUUGCAAAUGGGCUAAAUGCUGUUGAGCUUUACGAGAUAAGCCUACAGGAAAUUUCAUCAUCCAGGAUUCUUUCUUUGCUUAGAUUGCUGACAGAGGUUCAUAUCCGUACAUAUGAAGCGGACUACAACAGAGCAGUAGUGAGUCAGAAUCAGAAUGAAAAAAUAAAUGCCCUUUUGUUUUGCAAAGAAUCUGUGCGUCCCUUUGACGCUGAUGUCACCCUUUUACAAAUGAAGGCUCUAUCACAAGCUCUUGGUAUCCCCUUGCACCUAGCAGCUGUGGACGGUGUCAAAAUAGGUGGAACUGUGCAAGUAAAGUGCAUUGACAUCAUUCCUCGAUCAGGACCUCUCAGUUCAACCAGAAGAUACUAUCUAUCCAGUGCAACUGAUAAACAAUCAUUCUUGCCACCUGGAAACUUAUUUUCGUCUGAUCGCAUGCCUCUAGUGACCUUAUUAAUAACUACCAAUGCUACCGCCAUUCUUUAUCGCAAGUGA